GCCUCCUCCAGCCUCAAGACUUUCUUGCAGCUUAUAGCAUCAGGGGCACAUUAUCCCAGCAUCCUGAAGUGCGCAUGCGCGGCUUGCAGACCGCAUCAGGCUCCCAGGCUUGCUGUGCAGAGGCUGUAGCUCUAUCUAUGCUGCUAAUUAACCUGCCAUGACUACAGCAAGAUACCGGCCUACGUGGGAUUUGGCUCUAGACCCACUGGUUUCCUGCAAACUUUGCCUUGGAGAGUAUCCAGUGGAACAAAUGACCACAAUAUCACAAUGCCAAUGCAUUUUCUGUACACUGUGUUUGAAACAAUACGUGGAGCUUCUUAUCAAGGAAGGUUUAGAAACUGCUAUCAGCUGCCCCGAUGCUGGAUGUCCAAAGAGAGGACACCUACAAGAGAAUGAGAUUGAAUGCAUGGUGGCAGCUGAUAUAAUGCAAAAAUACAAGAAAUUGCAGUUUGAAAGAGAAGUCCUUUUGGAUCCAUGUAAAACUUGGUGUCCAUCAUCGUCCUGCCAAGCAGUCUGCAAAUUACAAGAGAAGGGGCCACAGAAUCCUCAGCUGGUACAGUGUACGUCCUGCGAUAUAGAGUUCUGCUCAUCCUGUAAGGCCAACUGGCACCCAGGGCAAGGCUGCCAGGAGAAUAUGCCAAUCACUUUCCUCCCAGGAGAGUCAAGUUCUGCACUAAAAAUGGUUGAAGACGACGUUCCGAUCAAGCGGUGCCCCAAAUGUAAAGUCUACAUAGAGCGAGACGAAGGCUGCGCGCAAAUGAUGUGUAAAAACUGCAAGCACGCCUUCUGCUGGUACUGUCUAGAGUCACUCGAUGACGAUUUCCUGCUCAUACAUUAUGAUAAGGGGCCUUGUCGGAACAAGUUGGGUCACUCCAGGGCAUCAGUCAUAUGGCACAGGACACAGGUGGUUGGAAUAUUUGCAGGAUUCGGCCUUCUACUUUUAGUAGCCUCUCCUUUCCUCUUACUGGCCACACCAUUCGUUUUGUGCUGCAAAUGUAAAUGCAGUAAAGGAGACGAUGACCCGCUGCCAACCUAGUGCUCAGGAGAGUGGAUUUCCACCCUGUUCCAGCGCACUGCUGAAGGCUGCAUCACACUUGGGACAUGUUGGAGCCUUCCCUGGCUUGGACCAGCUUUUCCGGGACAUAAACUGUGCCAUUAUACUGAGAUCUUGUGUCCUCGUCGCCCCAGAUUUCAUUCCAGGAUCUCGGUCACUGAGGAGACAGGAGGUUUAGGUCCGCACAAUGUACAGAUGACAUCCUUCAUCCACAUAACAGUUGUUGGGUCUGACACCGGUUCUGGUCCUGCGGGUCCAGUUUUAGACUCUUUCUAAGCAUAUCCUCCUCCCGCAGACACUCUCUAUGCCAUUCCUGAUUUCUUACCUUCAUUUGUACAUUUUCGUUUUUCUUGUAAGAUGCUGUGUAUUAGUGCAUUGUUCUAAAGGGAUGAACUCCUUGUUUUAUAUGGCAGGUACACAAUGCACUGAGCCUCAUGUUUGUUGCAAUCUGGAUUUACCAAAGUGAGAAUUGCUAAAAAAAAAAAAAAAAUGGAAACAAAAUAUUAAAAAAGGAAAAACUGUAAACCCAAUAUGUUUAUCUGUCUG